AUGGGUUCCUCAACAUCCACCAUCGAGGGCUUCAGAGGCUCCAGCGUGGUUUUCCUACUCAGUAACUUGCUGUCUAACAUUCUACACUCAACAUCCACUCUCAUCGCAUCCUAUCUUCUCAAGAAUUAUACAGUCAACGAGCACCCUCUCAAGAACCACCCUCUCAAGCUCAUCAUCGACACCCUCCACGAGGACGACGACCCCUGGGACAUUGAGUGGAUGAUGUUCAACGUUCUCAACGACUUCCUUCAACCCGAUACCAAGCUGUCAGUCGACGAAGCCGCGCGAUGUCUAGACGCAAUCGUGCCCGACAAUCGACCCAAUGAGCCCGGUCAAGAGAAGGAGCCUGCUCUCAACUGGAUGCUUGAGAUGUCAGACCUUAUCUGGAAGGUUGCGAAGCAAAUGCCCUGCGAUCACGAGAGCCAGGACAAGCUGGUACAGCUACUCGGAGCACUCCGGCGACUUCCGAUCACGGCAACCUGCAACCACGGCGGACCAGAGCUUCCCAUCUGGCGCGAGUCCUUCGACGGCUGGUGCGACAGCGAGCGUCACAGCCUUGUGACCCCCGAGAAGAGAAACAACCCUCCCAAGACUGAGUGCGAGCAGUACAUCAACGCCAACGCUUUCCUGGCACGGGUGCGAGCUGCGGGAGUGAUGAAAUGCUGUGACUACCUCUACGGCUACAGUGCAGUCCAGGACGCGGUCAAGGAUACCAUUGACGAGACUUCCAAGGGAGAUGUUCUUCCCUGUCAUAUCGUUUCAGGAGCUCAAUGGGUCGUACAGGCUACAGAGUGGCUGUGGAGCCUGAUUCGAUGGGGCAAGAUCGACUACCGCGAGGUCAAAGAUGAUGCAAGCAAGUACUUGCCUUUCCCGCCUUCGCUCUGGGUGACUUGGUUGCGUGGCUUUCAGCAGGUGGCAGUCACUGUUGACGAAGAUGACGUCAAGUACUGGGCUGGGCUGGCAGUCACGAAGAUGGAGGAGACGAUGCGCACUCAUGGCUUCACUGCUGAGAAGAUGGAGGCAUGGGAUCCGGCGAAGAGAUCACUGCGGGCUGACAUAUGGGAAGAUGAGAAGUACGCCCACCUCUUCAAGGUUCCGGAGAAAGCUUGA